AUGAAGGCAAAGCCUCUUUUCCCUGCUCCCAAGCGAGGAAAGCAUCGCGUCCAGCGACGCCCCGCUUCCAAGAACUAUGUUCCCGUGCCAUAUGUUCGCCACGGCAUCCUAUCGGCCAACAACAAAGGGUUUCGCCAGCGAUGGGGGGAGUCCAUACAGCACCUCAUGUCACUGAAAGGCCGCCGACUGAUCACACACCUUCAGAAGGACAAAAUCUUGCCCAGCUGGCAGGGUCGCCAGUGCCCUCGCUGUGCCAAAGGCGUUCUCGGGACACUCAACUACGUCAAGGCUAAGAAGAUCUGGGCCUACCGAUGCAAUCACAAGCACUGCCACAAGUUCUUGCAGCCGCACGACUACCAUCCCGUCUUCUUCACGUCUGCUGGGAACUCGUCAACGUCGCUUGGCAAACAGGCUGCAGCGCUGUGUUGUGCAACAGCCAAUGUCCCCUGCCAGUCUACCCACUUGAUCCUUGACAUGGACCACAAGCCCGUGGAGAAGAAGAUCACCUACGGUGGCAAUUGGGAGGAUGUAGAGGUAGAUUUUUUCGAUCUGGGCAAGCUCACGGACGAGUCCUUAGGCCCACGCAACACGAAGUGGGAACAGUGGGGCGGACUAGUUCAGAGAGGCUGUCCAUCGUCGUUGUGCUUGUUUCGCUUGAACCCGAAGCUCACCACAAAGCGGGCGCCGGGCCCUGGCCCAAUCAAGAAGGUGGACUGGGCUGUUAUUGCUAAAAAACACCUCGCCAACCGCAAGGUGGUCUUGCACAGCGACGGCGCCCGUGCCUACACUCUCAAGAUCCCGCAAGUGAAGCAUUGCAACGUCGUCCACAAGAAAAAGAAGGUUACCGUCAACGGCAAGGCACAGUGGGUCAAGCCCCACUACACGAAGGUUUACACCAUCAAACUUCCAGACCGCCGACGGCUGAAGGUGAAAAGCGGGACGCAAGUCAUUGACCGUUUCUGGGGCACUUUGAGGACCGUCUUAAAGAACUCAUCCCGAGUCCCAGGUAGCCAGCAACUCGUCCGGAAGAUCCGGUCGGCCCAGUUUACGUACUGGAACCGCAAUUCGAACAUGUGGAAGGCCACAGGUCGAAUGAUCCACUCUCUCUUUCAGAUCAACUGA